UGCAACGUGGCGCCUAUGGCCGGCUCGCAUUACAGUUUGCAUUUGCUGGCGAUGGACGCGUGUGGUUUCGCCUCCUUCGUGCUGCUCUGCUCCUGCCUGGUGUUCGGCAAACCUACUCUAAGGAAGGAGCGCGUCCACCACGAACCCGAGCUCAGCAGACAGCUGCAUGAGGACAACCAGAGCUACCAGUACGACCAUGAGGCCUUUCUGGGCAAGGAGGAGGCCACUACUUUCGACCAGCUGACACCAGAGGAAAGCAAGGAGAGGCUUGGAAAAAUAGUGGACAAGAUAGACAGCGAUAAUGAUAGAUAUGUUACAACCAGUGAGCUGAAGAGCUGGAUCAAAAGGGUGCAGAAGCGCUACGUCUACGAGAACGUGGCAAAGGUCUGGUCAGACUACGAUCUCAACAAAGACAACCAAAUUUCCUGGGAGGAGUACAAGCAGUCUACAUAUGGCUACUAUCUUGCAAACCCAGAGGAGUUUGAUGAUGCCACUGAUCAGUUCAGCUUCAAGAAGAUGCUGCCCCGUGACCAGAGGCGUUUCAAAGCGGCCGACCUUGACGGUGAUAUGAGCGCCAGUCGUGAGGAGUUCACAGCCUUCUUGCACCCGGAGGAGUUUGAGCACAUGAGGGACAUUGUGGUCCUGGAAACGCUCGAGGACAUAGACAAGAAUGGGGAUGGCUACGUGGAUGAAGAUGAGUACAUCGCUGAUAUGUUUGCUCAUGAAGAAGGAGGACCGGAACCAGAUUGGGUAAAAACGGAGCGAGACCAGUUUUCAGACUUUAGGGACAUCAACAAGGAUGGGAAGAUGGACAAAGAGGAGAUCCAGCACUGGAUCCUGCCCCAGGAUUACGACCACGCCCUGGCUGAGGCCCGGCAUCUGGUUUAUGAGUCGGAUCAGGACAAGGAUCAAAUGCUGACCAAAGAGGAGGUCCUGGAGAACUGGAACAUGUUUGUAGGCAGCCAGGCUACCAACUAUGGGGAGGAUCUUACUAAGAACCACGACGAACUGUGAUGUUUGCGGUGGCGUCCCCCUGCUGCCAGCUGCUCCACACUGCAGGCAGAAGAAAUGACACCGGUGCUGAUUCUGGGCAGCCCGUGCGGCCAUGAGCUUGUUGCAGUGCUACCUCAUGCGUCAAAGGGUCUGUGUGGCCCAUCGGCGCCGCCUGUAGGUCACAGCGACCUUUUCCUAUCUGUGAGAUUGACUAGCGUCUCCAAGGACUAACCAGCAGUCAUCUUACAGGUUCCAGGUUGACACCCUUAAGGUUUCAGGGGUGUUGCAAAGAAUAUUUGUAGAUAUUUCAUAUUUGUUACAUAUUUUUAUAUUUUAAUUCUGAAAGGUUAUGUGAAAUAUCUCUAGUAGGAAUGCAGAGGGAUCUUUUGAUAUUUGUGCCAUGCUGCCAGUAAACACUAAUUUAUUUAGUGCUUUUGUCUUGAGGUUACGUAUGAGCUGAUGAUCUAAAGUCAUUACUGAUGUGCAGUAUUUUACAAAUGUUUGGUUUUCAAGCUGCCAUGUAUUUUCUUCCACAGUUAAGUAUUUUUAAUGAUGUCAUUGAAACUCUACCAGAGUUAAAAUGUAAGUGUAACAUUGGCUCCCCAGCAUGCUAUUGCAUUGCUUUCGUUUUAUCAAAGAAAAAAGUCUUACUUUCUUCUCUA